CCGGACCUCUCAGCCCUGCUGCUGCUGCUGCAAGCCCGCUGCUGCUGCCGCUGCAAGCCGAGAUGACGGACGAAGCGCGACCGGCGGCGCUGGCGGCCGUGUUCGACGGCCCGGCGGCCGGCCUGCGGCUCCAGGCGCUACCGUUGCCGGCGCCGGCGCCGCGAGAGGUGCUGGUCCGCAUCGUGGCGGCCACGGUGUGCGGCUCGGACGUGCACACCGUCCGCGGCGUGCGCACCGAGCCCACGCCUUCCAUUCUGGGUCACGAGGGCGUCGGUCUGGUGGAGAUCAGUCGACGGCCCGGCGUGGAGCCAGGCCACCUGGUCACCUUCGCCAUCUGCGACGUCUGUGGCAGCUGCGACCGCUGCGCCACCGGCCUCAGUCAGAAGUGCAGGGCGCUCAUGAAGUACGGUCACUCUACCCUGUCUAGCGGGUGCGGCCUGAACGGCUGCUACUCGACGCACCUGCUGCUGCGAGCUGGCACGCACAUCGUGCGUUUGCCGCCGGGCCUUGCCGCCAACCCGCCGCUGGCGGCGCCUGCCAACUGCGCCCUGGCCACGGUCAUGUGCGCCGCUCGCGCCGUGCAGACCCACCUGGCGGCGGCGCCUCGAACUAGGGCGCUAGUGCAGGGCGCCGGCCUGCUCGGUCUGUUCGCGUGCGCUGUGCUGCGGGAUGAGCUGCGCUUCGAGCACGUCUUCUGCUCGGACACGGUGGCCGAGCGGCGCGCCAUGGCCGGCAGGUUCGGGGCACGGCCCCUCGAGCCCUGCCAGCUGGACGAGGACGCCGGCGGGAAUCCUCCCAUGGCAGAUUCCUUCGACUGCGUCAUCGAAGUAUGCGGAACUCCUAAGGUAUUUCCCAGCGGACUGCGGUGCCUGCGUCCAGGAGGCUGCUACAUACUGGUGGGCCUGGUCCACCCUCAGUCUCAGCUGGAGGUCACCGGCCAGCAGCUCAUCAGGAAAUGCGCCACCGUAGCGGGGGUGCACAACUACGCUGCCGCUGAUCUGGACAGAGCCGUGGCGUACCUGGAGCGGGUCUGCCAGGACAACACUUACCCGUUACAAGACCUGCUCAGCCCCGCCUUCGCGCUCGAGCAGAUACAGGUUGCUGUGGACCGGUCCGGAGACUUCUACCGGGCUCUGAUUCGUCCUUAGUCAGCUGGCGCCGACCGACGACCUGACCGGUCACGGCAGUGUCCGGUGGCCCGCGCAUGGAGCUCCGGCCUGUGCGCCACGGCCUAUGUGUCGGCCAGCGCAUGGUGGUGCAGCACCACACGCCCGAGUUAGAUCUAGCCGAUGAGCUGAAAAUAGAGCGAUGUAGACAUGU